CAAUGAAGCAAAGGACUUCUAACCUUGGUUUCCAAAGAAAACCGACUCCCUUCACAGUUCACAUAGAUUUAGGGGUUCGUAUGGCUCCCUUCUUUGUGGAUGACAUCUUUCUAAUACUCCAUUGAUAAUUAGCAGACACAAUCCAAAGACCGACGUACAAGUAGGAGUUGCAUGCAGCAACUCCUAUUACUGCACGUACAAAGUUUGGAAGCUCAAACCAUUGGAACUCGGUCGAGUGAACGGGGGAGCACUUGAAGACUUUUGGGAACUUGCAUGGGCGAGACGAUAGGGAGAGGCUGACAGAGAGACAACUCGAAACAGUUGUUUGACGGCAAGCAUGCCGUCUUUUCAUCCUCAAAAGCUUGGCAUGUCGGCCAAUUCGUGCAGGCCAAUCCCUUGACGUACUCCUUUCCGUUCUCGGAGAGCAGGAGGACAUGUCUCGAUGAGAAAAGUUCCGUGUCUCUCUUUGUUCAUUAGAGACUCAAUUAGGCUGGCAUAUGCAUGUGUUUUGGCAUCAUCUCUGGGACGCAACAGGGAAGCCCAGUGGCAUAUUUAUUGGGGUUGUCACUGAGUUCUCGAGACUCCAUCUCUAGCACCUUCGCUCCUUCCUCCUCACCUUGCACAAAGAAGAAAGUCAGAUCUUCAAGUAGUAGUAGUACUGCAACGCAUAUAUGAGGCCUCCCAUGCUAAUGAUGGCUCUUCUUUUGCUCGUGAUACUCGUAGCCAACGACUCUCGAGGUGCAUUGUUGGAAGACAAGUCGCUGGCUUCUCUAAACAAGCAAGUCCAUGAGAAGGAAAGACCGACGGAAGGAGGAAGUGGCGGAUCUCAUAGGCAUUGCUCAGGAAAGAGUAGGAAACUCAUGAUUAGUGCAACGACCACCUCAAAGAGCGAGAGGACCGACGAGGGAGAGGGUGAUGGCAGCCGAGAAGACCUCCGCUCGACCGUGCCGUCUCCUUUCGAGCAACCGCAGACCUACCUCGACAUUCUAGACGCAGCAGGAACGGAUUAUUCUCCUGCAGGUAGAACGCCUCCAAUCCACAAUUGAGAAAGGCUAGCAGCAACAACAAACUAGUAAUGCCAACAGCUUAGGAAGAGACAGUCGCAGAGAGAUGGUGCAGUUUUCUUGGGUUUGUGCCAUUCUGGGUAGAUGCUACGUACUAAUGAAUAUAAUAUCUACGCUAUAUGGGGUAGAUGAAGAAGGUGUGUGUUGCGUUCAUGAUAUAUGCGGCUGAAACAUGAAAGUCAAACCAUGAAAUAUGUUGGCUCAUGAGAAACUUAAGAUGCUGGCUUCUACACAAUGACAAACCAAACAAAAACACACCAGUAGCCAUAAUAGCGCUUGUAGCAAUAAUUGCAAUUAUCCAAACACCUUAUUUUGCAAACAUUGUUUGUUUCCCCAA